ACAUGUUAGGAGUGUGUAACCGGGAGAUGGGUUUUGUGUACGUACUCAGUGGAUGGGAGGGUUCGGCAUCUGAUUCACGAGUACUUCGCGAUGCAAUAACUCGUCGUAAUAGUCUUAAGAUACCCCACGGUAAUUACUAUUUAGUUGAUGCUGGCUACACAAAUGGUCCGGGGUUUCUUGCACCGUAUAGAGGGACUCGAUAUCAUGUAAGAGAGUGGGCCCAGGGAGCACGUGCACCGCGCAACUACCAAGAAUAUUUUAACCGGGUACACUCGUCUGCAAGGAAUAUCAUUGAGCGAUGCUUUGGUUUGCUGAAGAAGCGCUGGUCCAUCUUAAGGAGCCCUAGCUUUUAUCCCGUAAAGACGCAAUCUCAAAUAAUUAUUGCCUGUUGUUUGCUGCAAAAUUUCAUUCGAAAGAGUAUGGAAAUGGACCCGGAGGAGGAAGGUAGCAUUUUGGAUGAAUUUACGCCCGAUGGAGACGAGGAACAGCAUGGAAUGAUCAAUGUGGUCGAAAACACGAACGAGUGGAGUCACUGGCGUGACAACAUAGCACAUGAGAUGUAUGAAGAGUGGCGUGCAAGUCGUACGGAGUAGCGUUGUGUGUUUUAGGGAUGUUGUAAGGACGACAAGUGAAUUUGUAUGAAUAGUAGAGUGUUGAGACAUUGUAAAAGCACAUUCUUUGAUUUUCGGCUACUGUGUGUUUGUGCUGUUGUUUGCUGUUUUAUUUCUGUUUGUCGUGGCAAUGACCAGUGUUGUAAUAAUUGAACUACUUGUGUAUUUUUUCCUGAUUUCAUUUCUUAUGGCAUAGACCAGUUUUACUAA